AUGCAGUUUGGUAUUAGUGCAAUAGUGAUGGUGAUGGGAUUGAUCAAGGCAAAGACGACCACAAGUACAAGUACGAAGUCAAAGACGAGCACAAAGUCAGGAGACGGAGACGGAGACGAGGAGGACUCCAAGAACACGUCAGGAAAUGGCACAGCAGGGGUAUUCGGCGUGAUGGUGCUAGGACUCGGAAUACUGGCAAACAUGUGA